AUGGGCGACUCCCUAGCGAAACGAUACGGCGGAAUGGCAUCCGUCAAAAUCGCUGCCGGUAUGCGCUUCGGCGAAAUUUAUCAAGCUGUCGCGGCGUAUAACCUAUCACUCGUGGGAGGUGCCGAUCCAAAUGUCGGCGUUGGCGGUUGGGUCACAGCCGGCGGCCACUCUCCCAUCAGUAGCGCGUACGGUCUGGGAGCAGACCAAGUCCUAGAGAUGGACGUCGUGACCGCCAACGGAACGCGCUUGACCAUCAAUGAAGAUUCAUACCCAGGCUUAUUCUGGGCCAUGAGAGGCGGUGGUGGCUCUACCUUUGCGGUUCUCCUGAGCGUCACAGUGCGCGCGUAUCCCACAUUUCCAAUAACAGUGUACAGCUUCAGCUACAACACGACCGCCGACACCGAUACGUUUUGGUCGUUGGUUGCGUACUUCCACAGCCAGCUGCCCGAGCUCUCCGACGCCGGCGCCAUGGGUUACUACUUCAUGAUGCCGAACAAUAGCCUCGGCCAACCGGACCCGGCUCGCCACGGCAUGCUCGCCGGCGGGUGGAUCCUGCCCAACAGGACCGUGCAGCAGACCAAGCAGAUCUUAGCACCAUUGGAAAGCACACUCAGGAACAACACCCUCGGCUGGGAUGACGCGGUAUGGAUGCUGAACGAGACCCUCACGCUCCCUGAUUUUACCAAAGCGUGGCUUCAAUUUACCACGCCCGAGGCUGUCGGAGCGGACCUCCGCCUCGGCUCUCGCCUCCUUGACCGCAAGGCCCUGAAAUCUGACCCAGCCAAGGUGAAAAGGCUGUUCAAGCAAGCAAACACAAACCCGCAGUCUACCGUCCUUGGCCACCUGAUCGCUGGACAAGGCGUCAAGGAGGUCAAGAACGGCAUCCCAGGUGGGGGCAACGCCGUCCUCCCAGCUUGGCGAAGAGAUGUCUACACGCACAUCGUCCUGCCGCGAACGUGGCCGUAUCUCAACGAGACGGCUAAACACGAGACCACGACGCACCUCCGCGAGGUUGAAACACAGGCAUUAAGAGAGCUCGCGCCGGACACGGGGGCGUAUAUCAACGAGGCAGACCCCACGGAACCGAAUUGGCAGGAGACCUUCUGGGGCGAGAAUUAUGCCAGGCUGUUGAGCUUGAAGCGCGAGUGGGAUCCCGCGGGCGUGUUCUGGUGUGUGCCGUGCGUAGGACAUGGUGAUGGAUGGGAGGUGAAGAGCGACAUCGGCCUAGAAGGGGCUAUUGGGCAGAGUCCUGGGCGGGUUUGCAGGACGACGACUUGA